CAACUCUCGGUGGAACAGGGAAAUAUUAUGCCAAAAGCCCGUUUUUCACCGUCGUACUCUUCGCUUGCUCGGUCCCCGCGCAUCAGCCACGCUAAGCAGACUGAUUCCGUUGAAACCGACCGAAGCACUCCCAGAUCAGCUGCCUCUACUGGGGAGGCGGAGAAUCGCUAUCGCUCCAACAGUCAGGCUCUGAAGGUAAUUAGUUGUCAGCGCUGGGUCGGGAUUGAGCUGUGUGUGUGGGUAUUCUACACAAAGGGAGUCGAUUAG